CCAGCCGCAUGUUUUAUGUUUGUAAUUCUUUCAUGCCGUUCGAAUUUCGAGUAUGAUGCUACUAAUAUCAUAAUAAAUAUAAUACUAGUAAUAUAAUUAAAUAUCACCUAUUAUUUAAUUUAUUAUCGGUGAUUUUAGUUUAAUUAAUUUUUAGAAAAUUGGCUCUGUUACAAUUUUAUAUAAUUUCUUGAACUUUGUUUUUAAAUUUAUCGAUUGAUAUAUAUAUUUGUUUGAAAGUAUAUGGAAUAGAAUUCAAGCAUGCCAAAGAAAAAGAUAACUUAUAAAAAAACCUUUGAAGUUGUGGGAAAGGUUGAAGCCUUUUAUACAACUGGAAAAAUCCAGUUUUUAAAAAAUGGGAAUUCAAUUCUUUGUUUGUGUGAUGGUCGCUUAAAGCGUUUUGAUAUUGAUGGUGGAAAAACAAGCGAUGCUGUAGAAAAUUUUGAAGGUGAAGAAAUCAUCUCAUUCCUUCUUGCUGAUGAUGAUGAUACUCUUGUCACUUCAACGAAAAAUGGAUUUAUGAGACAGUGGCAUCUUGGAACAAAAGUGCUUGAAAAGGGAUGGAAGUCAGGUCAUAUUGGUGUUGUAAAUUGUAUGGCAUUUGAUUCCACUACUACUCUGCUAGCAACUGGUGGGUCUGAUUCUACAGUAAAAGUGUGGGAUAUUGUACGUAAAUAUAUUACACAUCAUUUAAAAGGUGGCAAGGGUGUGUAUAGUAAAGUUUCAAUCCAGAAACUUGGUUCUGCUUAUCAUGUGUUUGGAGCUGCAGAUGAUUAUGAAAUUCACGUUUGGGAUUUGAAUACAAGCCAGCAUGUGACUGCUCUGACUGGUCAUUAUAGUACUAUCACAGAUUUUGUUUUCUUUAAGGAAAACAGUCGAAUGUUUAGUUGUAGCAGAGAUAAAGUUGUUAUGCUCUGGGAUUUGACAGCUUUAAAACUUUUAAAGACUAUCCCUGUAUAUGAAACAGUUGAAUCUUGCUUUUUAAUACCAGAGAACCUAUCUCUGAUGGAUGUAUCAUUUAAUAGUUCUGACACUUAUUUUGUGACUGCUGGAGAUAAAGGUGUAUUAAGGGUUUGGAGUACUCUCUCUGGUAAAUGUAUAUAUGAACAGACUGAUUCUUCAAUUGUUCUUUCUGAAAAUUCUGAUUAUCAGGGACCAUUAAUCUUUCAAGCAUGUUAUAUUCCAUCAUUAGAAGCUAUAGCUGUUGUGACCUUUGAACAUAAUGUGAUUUUGUACAGUGUAGAAAAUUUUGCUGUUAAAAAUCAGUUCAUAGGUUACAUAGAUGAUGUCUUAAGUGUCAAAUUUACUGGUUCCAAAGAAGAUAAGAUAGUUGUUGCAACUAACAGUUCUCAAAUAAAAAUAUUCCAGUUGCCAACCUUUAACUGUCAGCUGUUGAAAGGACACAAUGAUAUUGUUCUGUGUGUUGAUGUUUUUCCUAAACAUAAAGAAAUAUUAGUCAGUGGAUCCAAGGACAACAACAUAAAGGUAUGGUUUCUAGAUUCAGAUUCACCUUCUAUAAACAGUGUAUAUACUGGGUAUGGUCAUACUGAUUCCAUCACUGCUGUAUGUUGUUGCAGGAGCAAAGCCAGAUUUUUUGUGUCAGGUUCUGAAGAUACAACUCUUAAGCUGUGGGAAGUACCUGAAAGCACACCAGUUGUAGCUGUGAAACUUUUAUUAAUUCCAUACAAAACAGUGAAGGCGCAUGAUAAGUUAAUAAAUGCUAUAGACAUUUCUGAUAAUGAUAAGUUUGUUGCUUCAUGUUCUCAAGACCAUACAGCUAAGAUUUGGGACAGUGAAGAAUUAACUCUCCUUGGCACUUUAAGAGGACAUAAAAGAGGUGUGUGGAGUGUUAAAUUUUCUCCUGUGGACUUGGCUGUAGUUACAUCAUCAGGUGAUGAAACAAUCAGAAUAUGGUCCUUAGUGGAUUUUUCUUGCUUAAAGACUCUUCAAGGUCAUGAAGCAUCAGUUCUUCAAGUGAUGUUCUUAACUCGAGGCACACAGCUUUUAUCCAGUGCAGCAGAUGGUAAUAUUUGUUUAUGGGACAUCAUGAAGAGCAUGAGUAUAAAAACACUGGAUGAACAUAAACAACGUGUCUGGACUUUAGCCUCAUCGUCAUCUGAAGAAUAUUUUGUAUCUGGUGGAGCUGACUCAACGGUUAUUGUUUGGAAAGAUACAACAGAAACUGAAAAACAAGAGAAAUUGGCCGAAAAAGAAGGCUAUCUACUGCAAGAACAGGAGCUUUUCAAUUUGGUUAAACAAGAGAAAUGGACCAAAGCUUUGGGUUUGGCUAUAUCUUUGGAUAAGCCAUACCAAACCUACCUUAUUAUUGAAAAGAUUCUACUCCAGCCAGAUGGGAAAAGCUUAUUUGAAGAUGUUUUACAUAAAAUGAGAGAGGACCAGAAAGAAACUCUCAUGAAGUUCUCCAUGGAAUGGAUUACCAACUCUAAACGAUAUUAUGCUGGCAUUCUUGUUAUGAACUUUAUUUACCGUAGCUAUGAUAGUGAAGAGUUAUUGAAAAUGCCUAAUAUGUCUAAAUACAUUCAAGAAGCUCUACCAUAUUUAGAUAGACAUUAUAAACGAGUUCAACGUAGAUGCCAAGAUAUGCAGAUAAUCAAGUUUUUAAUAUCUCAAAUGGAAUAAAAUUUUGUACAGUGAAAAUUAUUUAUUUUAAUAAAAAAAUGUAAAUAUUUG